GUUCACAAGUGCUACACCAUAAACUAGAACUCGCUCUUCUUUUUCGAAUCAGUGACUUGAAACAGAAGAAAAUGGCGAAGGAACUUCAUGUAGUGAUGCUUCCAUGGUCUGCCUUUGGCCACAUGAUGCCAUUCUUUCAGCUUUCCAUCGCCUUGGCCAAAUUUGGAGUCCGAGUCUCUUUCGUGACCACCCCCAGAAAUGUUGAAAGACUUCCCAAAGUCCCUUCAAGUUUAGCCUCCCUCAUUGCCCUAAUAGGGCUGCCAUUACCACACCUGCAAAAUGGGGACCUCCCAAGAGGUGCAGAAGCUUCCACAGAUGUCCCAUUCCACAAAAUUCCACAGUUGAAAAUGGCUUACGAUCUCCUGCAAGACCCGUUUCAAAAAUUUGUGGCACAUCAAUCUCCAGAUUGGAUAAUCAUCGACUUCAUGUCUCACUGGGCGAUAGACAUUGCUCAAGAACUCCAAAUUCCAGUCAUGUACUUCAGUGCCUUUUCUGCUGCAACAACUUCAUUUGUCGGUCCUCCUGAAUAUUUGACAGGGGAAGCCCGAAUGAAGGUCAGGCCAUCCAUGGAAUCUCUCAUGUCUCCCCCUCCUUGGGUCAAUUUUCCUUCAUCAGUGGCAAAAAAGAAGCACGAGGCAUUUCAAAUGUUCAAAUUCUUUUUUGGAUCAAACGGCACUCCGUUCUCUGAUGUAGAACGACUUGCAAGGGUCAUGAAGAAUAGCCGAGCAAUUGCUUUAAGGACAUGCUGUGAGUUUGAGGGCCCUUACCUGGAUUUGCUUCAACAACUUCACGGGAAGCCAGUGAUACCAACGGGUUUUCUCCCACCAGACAUGCACGAGAGAACACAACUUAAUGAUCAACCGUGGAAAGAUACCUUCAAGUGGCUGGAUGACCAAAAGCCCAGGUCAGUUGUGUUUAUUGGGUUUGGCAGUGAAUGCAAGCUCAGCAAGGAACAAAUUCACGAGAUAGCUCACGGGCUAGAGCUUUCAGAUCUGCCAUUUAUCUGGGCUCUCAGAGAACCAGAAUGGGCUAAGGACGAAACAGAAUUUCUACCUCCAGGGUUUGCAGCGAGAACGAGGGGAAAGGGGAUUGUGACCUUAGGUUGGGCACCCCAACUGGAGAUUCUGAGCCACGAAUCAAUCGGGGGUUCGUUGUUUCACGCUGGAUGGGGCUCUAUGAUCGAGAUCUUAGGAUUUGGGCACAGCCUUGCGCUUCUGCCAAUGAUAGCCGAUCAGGGUUUGAAUGCAAGGUUACUGGUAGAGAAAGGCCUGGCUGUGGAGAUAGAGAGAGCAGAAGACGGAUCCUUCAGUAGGGAUGGCAUAGCAAAGGCUCUGAAGAUUGCCAUGGUUUUGGAAGAAGGAGAGCCCUUGAGGGUCCGUGCAAAGCAGGCUGCUCCCAUUUUCAGAGACAUGAAGCUGCAACAUGAACACUACAUUGGCCAACUUGUUCAGUUCCUGAAAUCACGCCAAACUAAGUGAUUCUCGGUCCUCGCAAGCUGGUGCUUGCGCAAUUAUGAAAAGAGUGGAUGGAUAUGUACUUCUACUGUUUACUUUUUCUUUGCGCCUACGCAUUUGUCUUCUGGCUCUUCAAUCGCUGUGAGAAUAAUCGUGCAUGAAAUAAUUAUGAAUUAAGUGGGCUUUAUGCGUUU